CAUUAAAUAUAUUCUCUCCGCCAUCCCAUUGGUAACAAAAGGCGAGUUGCCGGUUAGGAUUUUAACGGAGGCCAAGACCAGACCCAGCUGCCUUUGCCCUCAGACCUCAGACGUGAAGCGCAGCUGGUGACGAGAGGACUGCAUUCGACUCGGUGGCGCGGGUCUCUACUUACGGUUUUCGGUGGCAGUUUAACUAAGCUAUUAGCAGCUAUUUAUGUGAUAAGAAUUUCGACUCGGCAGUUUUCGAUUGUCGUUAUUAUUUAAGAAUCAGCGGUAACUGUGAUUGCUUGGAGAUUAUCAGCGGCGGUCAGCGAUCAGCUGUAGUGACUCCAAUCACCUUGAGACGCCGUGUAGACUCCGUGCCCCAAGUCAUCCUCGUCGACAGUCCUUCCGAGGGGGAGCUAGUCCUGUCGAAGCCCCAAAGACGGGCAACGGACGCAAACAAGUAUGGUAUUGAGUGAAAGACCCAAGAAAGACGGUUUAACAGAUAUCAUGACCAGCGAACGCAAACCUAAGUUGUCUCUCCUCAUGAGACCUCCCGAUCGUCGACGGUCCACGAGCUGCAUGUGGGAUUCACAAUUCGAUCCCUUCCAAGUUUUCGAGGUUGAACACGAAUCAUGCCUGGACUUCGAGAUCACAAUCAAGCGAGGCGAGUCCAUCACCAAAGGCAGUGCACUGAAAGAUCUCAUGGACACUCCAGACCCAUACGUCAUCCUGAAGAUCCCUGGCUGCUCUAACUCCUCCAAGAGAACCAGCCAUGUCGAUAACUGUACAAAUCCCCUUUGGAAUGAGACGUUUCACUUUUAUUUAGAUCCGGGAAAGGAACACAUUUUGAAGGUAUUGUUAAUGGAUGCCAACUACACGGUGGAUGAAACGCUCGGUGAAGACACAUUUUGUGUCAAUGAACUUACCAAUGACAUCACAGUUGAACACACAUUCAUCUUCCCAGGAGGUUCAAAGGUUCACACAGAGCUCAAACUACAGAAAAACAAAACUCCAGACUUGCGGUUCUCUCUGGCGCUGUGUCAAGCAGAGAAAACCUUUCUACGAAGUCGUCGCAGGAAGGUUCUUGAAGGGAUGCAGCGUAUUUUAGGUGCCAAGGCGCCAAGCACUGAGAAACAGGUUCCAAUCUUAGGUAUUCUGGGAUCAGGUGGAGGUUUCCGAGCCAUGAUGUGCAUGAGUGGGGCUGUGAAGGCGUUGCAAGAAACGGGAAUCCUGGACUGUGCAACCUACAUUGCGGGUCUCUCUGGGUCUUCCUGGUACAUCUCAACUCUCUAUGCCCACGACAAAUUCCCAAAUGUAACACAUGACCAGAUCCAGAAAGAACUCCGGGCAUCAGUAACAAGUGAUUGGAAGUGGAAGCUGCUCAAUUCAGCAUCUUACGUCACCAGUAUGAUUGCCAAGUACAAACGAGGCCAGCCAGUAUCGUUCACAGACUUCUUUGGACAUCUACUGGGUGAUGUCCUCUUAAAAGGGGCCAAGCACAAAAAGCUGACAGACACCCAGAAAAUAUUGGUCCAAGGCAUUGUGCCUAUGCCUCUGUACACAUGCCUCCAUGCCAAGAGGAAUGUCUCAUGCCGCUCUUUUUCGGAAUGGGUAGAAUUUUCACCAUAUGAGAUUGGUAUCGCUAAAUAUGGUACUUUUAUGAAAUCUGAAGAUUUUGGAAACAAGUUUAUAGUAGGGAAGAAAAUCAAGCAUUUCGAAGAACUGCCUUUACAUUUUCUGCAAGGUGUGUGGGGAAGCGCAUUCACCAUCCUCAUCAAGAGGUUAGUGAUGGAAGGUGGAAAGAAGGACAUCGUACAGAUUAUGAGGGAUGCACAGAAAGAAAAUGAUUUGCAUGAUAAGAUCGACGACCUACACAGCUCAGGAGAUGAUUCAGAAACAGAGGACGAAGAAGACAUUGAAGGCCACGAUGACAAGGAGAUUGAUGAUGAAGAAGAGAUCAGCAUGAUGAAGUUGAGUCUCGCAGAUCAGCCAGCCAGUGAGGAUGAUGCCUCAGCCUCUGCUGCUGGCAAGAGUGGGGAUGCUGAGGCCACGGAAGAAAGGCGCCGGGUUUCAGUUGCUUCCAUGGAGGCCAAACCUCAACCUGAACAGAAGACUUUCAAGAAAGGUUUGAACAAGAUUGCAAAGUCGAUGGAUAGUCUACUAGGCACCUCAUCUAGCAACAAAGCCCAGAGCACAGAGGAGGAGGCAUCAGAGAGCCGAGACAUCUUGCCUAAAGCUUUCAGUUUUGACACAACAAAGAGGAAAGUCUCCAGGGACAACCACAGGAAGUUCAGCACCGAGAGUGACCCUGGAGUUAGGACGGAGUUUCAGGCACAGGGAGGUUCGAGGCUGGUUCGCCAGGGAGCCAUCAAAACGGCACGUCUUAACAAGGCAAAGAAAGUUGAUGACAAGGAGGAGGCUAAUCCUGGGCAGAAAGUGUGGGCUGAGAGGAGAAAAACCCUCAGAAAGACCAGAGUUGAGAAAAAGGCAGGUUUAUGGGAAGGCCUGAAGCAGAAUAUCAUGUUGGGCACCAACAUCCUCAACUCUCGAGCUGGAAGAGCAGGAGAGGUCCUGAACCCCUUCCGAGGACUUUCCCUCAGACACUCAUUCCCAAUCUCUCCUUUUGCAACAGAUGGAAUGGAAGAGGAAGAAGAUCAGGUUGACUCAGAUAACUUUGGGGCAGGCUGUAGGUAUGAACCACUAGAUAAUAAAGCCAAGAAGCUGUUCAUCGUAGACUCUGGCUUGGCUUUCAACUCUCCUUAUCCACUGCUCUUGAGGCCACAGAGAGCUGUUGAUAUAUACCUCUCCUUUGACUUCUCCCAGAGGCCUGAGGACAAAUCGCAGCCUUUCAAAGAACUGCUUUUGGCGGAAAGAUGGGCAAUACAAAAUAAGGUUCCUUUCCCACCAAUAGAAAAACAGGUUGCGCAGUAUGAGAAUGAAGAGGUUCGAGAGUGUUACGUGUUCAAGCACCCAAUGGACCAUUUCUGUCCCGUUAUUUUGCAUUUCCCUUUAGUCAAUAACAACUUCAGGAAGUUCAAAGCUCCAGGAGUACCUCGCGAAACUGAAGAAGAAAAGGAGUUCGCUGACUUCCCCAUCUUCGACGAUCCCAACAACUCCUUCUCAUCCAUGAACUUUGUCUAUGAGCUUGAGCAAUUUGACCGGCUGACAAAGCUCAUAGAAUUCAACACCCUCUUCAGCAUAGACAUCAUUAAGAAGGAGCUCGAGGAAAUCACGGAAAGAAAGAAGAGCUGCUUGACUUCAAAGACCCUGAGUUUGAGUGAUGUAGUGAAGACCGUUAAGCGUGUGUCGAGUUUUCAGAAUAAGAACCGCGGGAGAGAACUAAAGUUAACCGUGUCUCCGCAGAAUGAAGAUCUGUUGAAAAAGUAUGCGAAUGUGAAUAGUCUUACGGAAGCAGACAGUUCUGAUGAGGAAGAAUACACUGAUGCUCUUCAAGAAUUGUGAAAAAUGAGGGUGAAAGCAUUUUUAAAUUAUUUAUAGCGACAGCUCAAAUUAUUGAGCUAAGUGACCAAUGACUUAAGCCCAUGUCUGACCAUGCUAAAUGGUAGUGCAGUUCCUUCUUUAUAUUAUUUUUCUCUUUUCAUUCUCCCUUGUCUCCUUUAUGUCACGUGACCUCUUACCAUUUUUCUCUCUAUAUACUACUUUCAUUCCAUCAUCAGUCGUAAAGGAGGCGUUUGAUUUGAAUGUGACUGCUGAGGUAUUCUUAAUGUUAAGUGUGGUUACAGCUGAGAAUCUUACUUAUCUUUUACAAAGCUGCAUGUACUCAAAUGAUUGCUGCAGAACCAAUUGUUUGUGCUUUGCGAAUAACCAAUACAUAGAGAUGUGUUAUACUAUAUUUUGGCUAAUCUUUGGUUUUAUGCCAUUCAUGAUAUCAGUUCAUAAGUUGUGACCUACAUUCUGGGUAUUCAUGUUACCAAGCUUUUACACUAACCUUUUGCAAUUUCUACUUUCGUAAAUGAGAAACAAGCAUACUGCUUUAUGAAAAUAGGACAGGAAAAUGCAAGAUUCCUAUAACAUUAGAUAGAUAUGUGCAUAUCAUUUUUAUCAUAUUAUCAUAUAUGAUCAUGUGUGGAAAUGUGCAUCUGUUAUAUAUUCAUGGAUGAUGUCUCAUGUUGCAUUAUUAGAUCUUCAUUCUUUACCUGGUCUCUCAAUAAGUAGAGAGAGAAUGCUCAUGUAAACUAUAUGUAGGUUCAAAGGUGCCUUGGGGAACAUUGAAUGUGUAGCUGGCUGUUGGUGAUAUAUUUCUUUGAAUGCUGUACAAAGUGAAGAUUUAGUUACAAAUGAAGUAUAUCAACAGAGUUUUGCCUGUGAUUAAGAUGAAAGUUGAAUGCAGGUGAAAUACAAGUAAUAUGUAAGGUUUAUUUGCUUUCAUUUUAAAGACAUUGAACAGGAUAUCUGCAGCGACUGAUUAAUUGUAAUACAGAUUCAGUUUGACUGCAUGAUUAUGAUUAAGACAUAUCUGGGGUCUGUGGUAAAGUUACAUUUUUUCUUUAGCUUUGACAAAGAAGCAAGGAAAGGUUUACCUGUGAUUGAAAUGACACUUUUGUAUUAUUGAAUAUUAGGGUACUCUGUGAUGGCUGUACAAAGUUAAUCUAUUUAUUUCCACGUUGUAAUGUAUUGUUUGCACACGCCUGUUACUUGUUUAAGGGCAAAAAUACAUUUCCAAUAAAGAAAAUUACAUAAAA